ACAGCGUUCCCUGUUUCUUUGGCUUUUGGUUGUGAGUGCCUCUUCUCAGCAAGCUUUCCACCAUGAUUGAGCCCUUCUUGGGAACCUGGAAGCUGGUCUCCAGUGAAAACUUUGAGGAAUACUUGAAACAACUGGGAAUGAAUGCAGCAGCCCGGAACCUGGCAGGGUUAGCGAAGCCAAGAAUUAGCAUAAGUGCCAAUGGGGAUGAAGUGAACAUCAAAACAGAAAGUUCCUUCAAAAACACUGAGAUCUCCUUCAAACUGGGGGAAGAAUUUGAGGAAACCACAGCAGACAACCGGAAAGUAAAGAGCAUCAUAACAUUAACCAGUGGUUCAAUGAUUCACGUCCAAAAGUGGCUUGGCAAAGAGACAACAAUCAAAAGACAAAUUGUAGAUGGGAAAAUGGUAGUGGAAUAUAGCAUGAAUAAGACUGUCAGCACUCGAAUUUAUGAAAAGGUCUGAAGAAAGUAUCUGCAUAAUGGAAACUUGUUCACUAAUGGAACGCUGGGGCAUGAAGAAGAUAUAUCUCAGGGCCAGUGAUUUAAAAAAUUGUUCAACAUAAAUUUGCUCAAUAAAACCAACAAAUUAAGUGCA